UAGUGGACGGUUCUUCAGAAACAGCUCGUCAACCACCUCGGUAGCCUGCUAGACAACAUAGCCGAACGAUUCAAGCUAUUUAUACGUUUUCUGUCUAUAUUAGCUACUGUGUUUUAGACACACUUCUGUCGUAUCUACUUGUUAACAUAUUUAAUUUAAUAUUACGUUAUUUUGUAUUAGUCAGCUAUAGUAUCUGGCCGGUUAAGUUAGCACUAGCCUAGUCGCUAAUGAUAGCUAGCUAACACCCCCGACCAUGAGCUCCCUAAACUUCUCCCCUCCUGUUAAAGAAGAGGAGGUCUGCUGGAUGGAGAAAGAAGCUCUGGGGCUGAACAUUAUCGUGAAAGAGGAAAAGGAAGAAGAGGAUGUCACAGUAAAACAAGAAGUAGAGUGUGAGGCUGUGACACUGAAAGAAGAAGAGAAAGACGUUUUAGUGAAAGAAGAGGAGGAUGUUACUGUGAAAGAAGAGGAGGAUGUUACUGUGAAAGAAGAGGAGGAUGUUACUGUGAAAGAAGAGGAGGAAGAGAAAGGGGAGGAUGCAGUUUUUGGAGUGAAGAUGGAAGGGGAAAUUACUGUCACAUUGAAAGAUGAAGAGGUGGAGAUAGGAGAUCUGAUUAACACCAGAGAGAGACGGGACUACCGUGGGUCCUCUGGGGAGCCUCAACAACCUCAUGAUGCUGACAAGGCAGAGAAGAGUAUCUCCACAUCAGAACACCUCAAGAAACACCUGCAGAGAUCCACAGGGAAGAAAUCUCACUGCUGCUCUGACGGUGGGAAGAGACUCACCUCCUCAGCAGGCAUUAAAAUUCAUCAGAGAAUCCACACAGUGGAGAAACCUUUUGGCUGUACUCAAUGUGGGAAGAGUUUUACUCAUUCAACCAGCCUGAUAUCACACCAGAGAACACACACAGGAAAGAAAUCUUAUAUCUGUAGCUGUGGUAUAUGUGGGAAGAGUUUUACUCGGCUGAGCACCCUGAUAUCACACCAGAGAACACACACAGGAGAGAAACGAGAGAAACCGUAUAGCUGUGAUGAAUGUGGGAAGAGUUUUGAUACAUCUAGCCAUCUUACUGUACACCAAAGAACACACACAGGAGAGAAAUCGUAUAGCUGCACUCAGUGUGGGAAGAGUUUUUUUACAUCUAACCAUCUGAAGAUACACCAUAGAACACACACAGGAGAGAAACCUUUUAGCUGUACUCAAUGUGGGAAGAGUUUUACUCAGCUAAGCAGCCUGAUAUCACACCAGAGAACACACUCAGGAGAGAAACCGUAUAGCUGUAAUGAAUGUGGGAAGAGUUUUACUCACCUAAGCAGCCUGAUAUCACACCAGAGAACACAGACAAGAGAUAAACCAUAUAGCUGUAAUGAAUGUGGGAAGAGUUUUAUUAGCCAAAGCAGCCUGAUGUCACACCAGAGAACACACACAGGAGAGAAACCUUUUAGCUGUACUCAAUGUGGGAAGAGUUUUGUUCAAUCUGGCAAUCUAAAAGUACACCAGAGAACACACACAGGAGAGAAAUCUUAUAUCUGUGGUCAAUGUGGGAAGAGUUUUUCCUCAUCUAGCAUUCUGACUCAACACCAGAGAACACACACAGGUGAUAAAUCUUAUAUCUGUGGUCAUUGUGGGAAGAGUUUUACCUCAUCUAGCAGUCUGACUCAACACCAGAGAACACACACAAGAGAGAAAUCUUAUAGCUGUAAUAAAUGUGGAAAGAGUUUUAAUACAUCCAGCAUUCUGACUCGGCACCAGAGAACACACACAGGAGAGAAGCCUUAUACCUGUGAUCAAUGUGGGAAGAGUUUUACUCAGCUAAGCGGCAUGAUAUCACACCGGAGAACACACACGGGAGAGAAACCGUAUAGCUGUGAUCAAUGUGGGAAGAGUUUUGCUACAUCUGGCCAGCUUACUUUACACCAGAGAACACACACAGGAGAGAAACCCUAUAGCUGUAAUCAAUGUGACAAGAGAUACUCUGAUAAAAGGUGUCUGAUCAAACAUCAGAAAAUACAUGAAGGAGUUGUUUCAUGAUAUCAAUGAAUUAAUGUUGAAUGUUAACACUUUGUAGUAGGAGUAUUUUAAUAAUGUCACAAUGUAGAAGCCUAAACGUUUGCCCCCUUAUCAUUUGAUUUCAACAUAUGGAUAUUAGCCUCAGGAGGAAAAUCCAGGCUCUGAAAUGGAAGUGUACUAUUUAUGUGAUUUAACAAAAAGUGACUAACACAAAAAGAGUUGUGUUACAUUUACCAUGUUGGUGACCCACUUGAAUCAAAAUGCAACACUUCAAAAUGUAUCUAGCUGUUUUCUACAAAUUGUCCUCUAACCAGGGAUGUACACAUUACUCCCUGAUUCCGUGUGGUUUUUGAGCUGUUAGUGUGGUUUUUGAACAGGAUGUGCAAACUCAUCUCCCUCCUCUCGCUCAAUUGAUUUUAACAUGAUAUCGAUGAGUUAUGACAAAUAAGUGUUGCAUUCCUUUGUUUAGCGACACCUACAUUUAAAUGCAUCACUCCAAAAUGUGGCUAACUGUCUUCGGCAGGUUGUCCUAGAACCAGUGAGCUAAAAGAUAUCUCCCAUUUCCAUGUGUUUUUUUUAGAUGUUAGUUUCAACAGCAAGUACAACCUGAUUUCCCCACAAAUCGAUAUCAGUGAUUUAUGGCUACUUGUCAAAACAAUAGGGGUUUUGGUGCUUGUGUCCAUGGUGAGGACAACUUGGUUUCUGAUUGUCUCAAGGUUGGGCAGUCAAAAAUAUUUGUGUUUUGUGUUUAGCCAGUGUGUUCCAUGGAUCACAAAUUAUUUUGAAUUUCCGUAUUGGAGAUGAGUUUUGUUUGGGCUCAUUCCAAGGGGACGAGAGUUCUAGAAGCUAGUGGGUUUUAGGAAGGGAAAAAUUCACAUUUUUUCUUGUUUUUAAUUGUUGAUAGCCAGUAGACAGCAUGUUUAUAUUGGUGAAGGUGAAGCAUUGUAGUUGAUUAUAUUGUGAAAUGGAAGUUGUUUUCUGUUGGCGGUGCGCAUUCUUUUAAGGUGUUAGUCUUUGUUUUUUCCAUUUAUGUUUUGAUGUUGAACUUUAGCGAGUAUAGCUCGUUAAGCUCGUUAGCGCUAGGACGCACCGAUUGGUGUCACCUCCUUAGUCAGUAUAUGUUACACCUGUGCUGGCUUGUCCAUCUCGUUAGUGGGAAGGUGUUUCACCUGAGCUGGUCCAGGUUCUAUUUAAGAGUGUCUGGCCCAGUGCUCCAGUUGUCUUGAUAGAUGUGGAGAGUCAACACCUUUAGUCCAUCGACCUUUUUGGUUGGCUUCCUGUCUAAGUUUGGUGUGGGUUUUUCUUUCGUUUUUCUCUUCUUGGGCAUAUUUAGUGGGUCUCUUGGUGGGUGUCUUUUGGGUCCCUGUUGUUAUUACUAGUCAACUUCCAGUGGACACCCCCAUAGUGUCUUUCAGAACCCCUCCUAAAAAACAAGCUAAUAUUUUGGGUUGGAUAUUUUAACAUUUUAAUCAAUUACAUUUCCUUAGGAUGCUCAUUUGUCUUUAAGUUUUUUUUAUCCUCUUAUGUUUGUGUACUAAAUAUUUCUGUUUUUCUGUUUUUUCCUGUGAAGCCAUUGUGUUGCAUCCAUGUCUGAAAUGUGCUGUAUAAAUAAAGCUUGAUUUGAUUUGAA